CGGCAGCCCCACGAGGUGUUCGUGGAGCUGAACGAGCUGGUGCUGGACAAGAACCAGGAGCUGCAGUGGAAGGAGACGGCGCGCUGGAUCAAGUUUGAGGAGGACGUGGAGGAGGAGACGGACCGCUGGGGGAAACCUCACGUGGCCUCGCUGUCCUUCCGCAGCCUGCUGGAGCUGCGCAAGACGCUGUCCCACGGCGCCGUGCUGCUGGAUCUGGACCAGAAGACGCUGCCGGGCGUGGCCCACCAGGUGGUGGAGCAGAUGGUCAUCACCGACCAGAUCCGGGCUGAGGACCGCGCCAACGUGCUGCGUGCGCUGCUGCUCAAGCACAGCCACCCGAGCGACGAGAAGGAGUUCUCGUUCCCCCGGAACAUCUCAGCCGGCAGCCUGGGCUCGCUGCUGGUGCACCACCACAGCACCAACCACGUGGGUGAGGGCGGUGAGCCGGCCGUCACCGAGCCCCUCAUCGCCGGGCACGGUGCCGAACACGACGCGCGCGUGGACGUGGAGCGGGAGCGUGAGGUCCCGACCCCCGCGCCCCCCGCCGGCAUCACCCGCUCCAAGUCCAAGCACGAGCUGAAGCUGCUGGAGAAAAUCCCUGACAACGCCGAGGCCACCGUGGUGCUCGUGGGCUGCGUGGAGUUCCUGGACCAGCCCACCAUGGCCUUCGUGCGGCUGCAGGAGGCGGUGGAGCUGGACUCGGUGCUGGAGGUGCCCGUCCCCGUGCGCUUCCUCUUCGUGCUGCUGGGUCCUAGCAGCACCCACAUGGAUUACCAUGAGAUCGGGCGCUCCAUCUCCACCCUCAUGUCCGACAAGCAAUUCCACGAGGCCGCCUACCUGGCGGACGACCGGCACGACCUGCUGACGGCCAUCAACGAGUUCCUGGACUGCAGCGUGGUGCUGCCGCCCUCCGAGGUGCAGGGCGAGGAGCUGCUGCGCAGCGUCGCACACUUCCAGCGUGAGAUGCUGAAGAAACGCGAGGAGCAGGAGAGGAGGCUGCUGCUGGAGCCCAAAUCCCCCGAGGAGAAAGCGCUGCUGAAGCUGAAGGUGGCUGAGGAUGAGGAUGAGGACGAUCCCCUGCGGCGCACGGGGCGGCCCUUCGGGGGGCUGAUCCGGGACGUGCGGCGCCGAUACCCCCAUUACCUGAGCGACUUCAGGGACGCCCUGAACCCGCAGUGCAUCGCCGCCGUCAUCUUCAUCUACUUCGCCGCGCUGUCCCCGGCCAUCACCUUCGGGGGGCUGCUGGGGGAGAAGACGCACGACCUGAUCGGGGUGUCAGAGCUGAUCAUCUCCACGUCGCUGCAGGGCGUGCUGUUCUGCCUGCUGGGUGCGCAGCCCCUGCUCGUCAUUGGCUUCUCGGGGCCGCUGCUCGUCUUCGAGGAGGCCUUCUUCACGUUCUGCACGUCCAACGGGCUGGAGUACCUGGUGGGGCGCGUGUGGAUCGGCUUCUGGCUCAUCCUGAUCGUGCUCCUGAUGGUGGCCUGCGAGGGCAGCUUCCUGGUGCGCUUCGUCUCGCGCUUCACCCAGGAGAUCUUUGCCUUCCUCAUCUCCCUCAUCUUCAUCUACGAGACCUUCUCCAAGCUGGGCAAGAUCUUCCAGGAGCACCCCCUGCACGGCUGCGCUCAGCCCAACGGCACCGCGUGGAGCAACGGCACCGCGGCACCCAACGGCACGGCACAGCGCGGGGCCACCAAGGUGACGGGGCAGCCCAACACGGCGCUGCUCUCCCUGGUGCUCAUGGCCGGCACCUUCUUCAUCGCCUUCUUCCUGCGCAAGUUCAAGAACAGCCGCUUCUUCCCUGGACGGAUCCGGCGCCUGAUCGGGGACUUCGGGGUGCCCAUCGCCAUCCUGGUGAUGGUUCUGGUGGACUACAGCAUCCGCGACACCUACACGCAGAAGCUGAGCGUGCCCAGCGGCUUCUCGGUGACGGCCCCCGAUAAGCGGGGCUGGGUGAUCAACCCGCUGGGCGAGAGGAGCGACUUCCCGGUGUGGAUGAUGGUGGCCAGCGGCCUCCCCGCCGUCCUCGUCUUCAUCCUCAUCUUCAUGGAGACGCAGAUCACCACGCUGAUCAUCAGCAAGAAGGAGCGGAUGCUGCAGAAGGGCUCCGGGUUCCACCUCGACCUGCUGCUCAUCGUGGCCAUGGGAGGAUUCUUUGCUCUCUUCGGGCUGCCCUGGCUCGCCGCCGCCACCGUGCGCUCCGUCACGCACGCCAACGCCCUCACCGUCAUGAGCAAGGCGGUGGCACCGGGGGACAAACCCAAGAUCCAGGAGGUGAAGGAGCAGCGCGUCACCGGGCUGCUGGUGGCCGUGCUCGUCGGGCUGUCCAUCGUCAUCGGGGAGCUGCUGCGCCAGAUCCCCCUGGCUGUGCUCUUCGGGAUCUUCCUCUAUAUGGGCGUCACCUCCCUGAACGGCAUCCAGUUCUACGAGCGCCUGCAGCUGCUGCUGAUGCCCCCCAAGCACCACCCCGAUGUCCCCUAUGUCAAAAAGGUCGGAGGGUCCCGGGGCCGUUCCGGGGGUGGGAGAGGCCGUGCCCUGCCCGGGGGGUGCCGGAGCCUCACCCGGGGCUGCAGCGGGUGCAUCCCAUUGGCCUCCUUGGCCACCAGCACACACUGCCGGCCCGUAGUCAGCCUGUGGCAAACUGCUGGUUGA